CGGGGCGGGGCCGGGGCCGCAAGCUGGGCCUCCGCGGCUGUCGCUGCCCGCGAGGUCCGGUAGCCUGGGUCACUCCCCUCUGUCCGCGGCCGAGUACUGGCUUGACAGACAGCUGCGGCCUGCGCUGAGGCGCGACGCGGCUUCCGAGGUUGGGCCUCUGGCGCGGCGCGAUGCGGGACUCCGUGCGGGCGGUCUGAGGCGGCGGCGCUGUGCCGCGGGCCCGGCCGGGGCCGCUCAUGGUGCCGCCACAACGCCAUCGCCGGGCAGGAAGGCCAGGUGGGCUGAGUUCUUCACUUCCAUUUCGACUGAUAUCUGCCAGUUUUGCUGACAUUGCAUUUGAGGAUCUAAGAGAGGCCCUGACAACAAGACUGCAAAUGGUUUGUGUAUUUAUCAUGAACCGCAUGAAUUCCCAGAACAGUGGCUUCAGUCAGCGCAGGCGAAUGGCCCUGGGGAUAGUGAUUCUCCUGCUGGUUGAUGUGAUUUGGGUGGCGUCCUCUGAACUCACCUCGUAUGUUUUCACUCAGUACAACAAGCCAUUCUUCAGCACCUUUGCCAAAACAUCUAUGUUUGUUCUGUACCUUUUGGGCUUCAUUAUUUGGAAGCCAUGGAGGCAACAGUGUACGAGAGGAUUUCGAGGAAAGCCUGCUGCUUUUUUUGCAGAUGCUGAAGGUUACUUUGCUGCUUGCACAACAGACACAACUAUGAAUAGUUCUUUGAGUGAACCUCUGUAUGUUCCUGUGAAAUUUCAUGAUCUUCCAAGUGAAAAACCUGAGAGCACAAACAUUGGGACUGAAAAAACUCUCAAAAAGUCCCGUGUAAGGUUCAGCAAUAUAAUGGAGAUUCGACAACUUCCAUCAAGCCAUGCAUUAGAGGCAAAGUUGUCACGCAUGUCUUACCCUACUGUGAAAGAUCAGGAAUCCAUACUGAAGACUGUGGGGAAGCUGACUGCAACCCAAGUAGCAAAAAUUAGCUUUUUUUUUUGCUUUGUGUGGUUUUUGGCAAAUUUGUCAUAUCAAGAAGCACUUUCAGACACACAGGUUGCUAUAGUGAAUAUUUUGUCUUCAACUUCUGGACUUUUCACCUUAAUCCUUGCAGCUGUAUUUCCAAGUAACAGUGGAGACAGAUUUACCCUCUCUAAACUAUUAGCUGUAAUUUUAAGCAUUGGAGGCGUGGUGCUGGUGAACCUGUCAGGAUCUGAAAAGUCUUCUGGAAGAGAUACAAUAGGUUCCAUUUGGUCCCUUGCUGGAGCCAUGCUGUAUGCUGUCUACAUUGUGAUGAUCAAAAGAAAAGUAGACAGAGAAGAUAAGUUGGAUAUUCCAAUGUUCUUUGGCUUUGUAGGUCUGUUUAAUCUGCUGCUCUUGUGGCCGGGGUUCUUUUUGCUUCAUUAUACUGGAUUUGAGGACUUCGAGUUUCCCAAUAAAGUGGUACUAAUGUGUAUCGUUAUCAACGGCCUUAUCGGAACAGUUCUCUCCGAGUUCCUAUGGUUGUGGGGCUGCUUUCUUACCUCAUCGUUGAUAGGCACACUUGCAUUAAGCCUUACGAUACCUCUCUCCAUCAUAGCCGACAUGUGCAUGCAAAAGGUGCAGUUUUCUUGGUUAUUUUUUGCAGGCGCUAUCCCUGUAUUUUUUUCAUUUUUUAUUGUAACCCUCCUCUGCCAUUAUAAUAAUUGGGAUCCUGUGAUGGUAGGAGUCAGAAGAAUCUUUGCCUUUAUAUGCAGAAAACAUCGAAUUCAAAGAGUUCCAGAAGACAGUGAACAGUGCGAGAGCCUCAUUCCUAUGCAUGGUGUUUCCCAGGAGGAUGGAGCUAGUUAGCUGCUGUUGUCUGUAGUCCAGCUUGAUGAUGGAACAUUCUACAGUGAAGAGACAAUCUGGCAAGAUCUUUGUAGAAAAAAUCUUUCAGUGCCUAGUCUGAAAAAUAACAGUUUCAGUUCUUUGAAACUCUAAACUAUAUUUUCCUCAUGUCUAUUUUCUUCAUUUUCAUAAUGAAGUAUGUUCCAUGUAGGUUUUGUGCUUAUCCAGUUACAGGAAGUUCCAGCCCAGUCAAUCUGAAGGACCAACCUGCCUUACAUAUCUCAAGUUUCGGUUGAUGAAAUCAUUGGAACUAAUCAAGGAGUAAAAUCUUUUGGGGGACUUUAUUUUCACAUACUUGUUCAAUGCUGGGUAGUCUGCUUUCAAGAAAUCACAUAAGUAUGCAGAUGAGUUUUCUGACAGCCUACGAUGGGUAUAGAUUCUAUUUUUGAGUUUUGUAGACAACUGCAAAAUAACCACACAGAAGAAAUGUUUAAUUUAUGUAGCAAGUAUGUUCAUGAGAAUUUGGUGGAACUUUAGAGAAUAAAUGUUUGAGAAAAGAUCUGGGAGGCAUACACUACAUAUCCCAUAUUAUCCUUUUCUAGCAUUAGGUGCCUUGUAUCUUGAAAAAAUGUGAAAAACCGUAACAGAUUUUAAAGGGGACGGAUUGUGAAAUGAAAAAUUACAUAUUUCUAAAGGCUGUAUGGCUAUAAAGUAAUUGCUAAAGCUCUGUUUAGAGUUUUAAAGAAAUAUUCUCUCUUCAAUUAAGAAAUUUUCAUAAUGGAAUGAUUUAAAUUGAAGUGAUAAAGAGUAUUAUUAAAAUAAAAUGUUUGUAUAUGUA